UGACACUAUCGAGCCGACACAGGAGAAAAUGGACAAUGUAUCAAGAGAACAACAAUGACAUAGUGAACAUGAGAAUGCGUACUAAAACAGCAUAGAUUUGAAUGAUGCGCUGAGGAAUCGGGAUUGCGCUACCGAAAGAGUGGCUAUUGAACUGACAGAAGUCGCCCGCGAUCCGGGCCAGAGGUCUAUAGAAGGUGGGUCCGAAAACCUCCAAGAUCCGAACCUGAUAUUUGAGGCUGGUGAGCGAGCAUAGGCCAGAGGAUAGAAGUGGACAGACAAGCUCCCGGUGGCGGAACACCUCGCAAAUCAGUUCGUGAACACCGAUCACUCCAUUCAGCCGCCACUAUCUCCCCGACUAGACUGUUCGUGUAGCGGAGAUUGUAGAGACAAGCCAUUCCAAUGGUCAAGGACUGAGAUCGGAAAUCAAGAUGGUCGGCUUGGAUGUGCUUGGCCGUGCACGUGAUCGUUCCAGUUAUACCGGCAGUAUCGUGAUACAUCUCGGUGACCAAACAUUGGACGAAUAGGAUUUAGUAUCUCGGUGAUACUUACUGUCAGAUCUCAGCGGACCGGCAUCUCCAUCGUUCUCAAGAUUUAUUUCGAACACUGUCAGAUGCAUGCGACACCAUCUCUGGCUCCGACCUCGGGCCCAGACUUUUCUUGGACUGGGGGACAACCCACCUGAGGAUCCCUUGCGCGUCGGACUCCCCUACACCAGUUGACUCUCUCUACUUGUGAUGGACACCGAACGCGCUGAGAAGACUCAAGGCGUCUCCAACUCGGCCUCCACUCUGCCCUUGACGCGUGCCCCGGAAAAGGAUGGCGAUCAAGCUGUGCCGGACCAGGCGACUUUCGAGUCUCCCUACGACUGGCCGAAGCGCAGGAAAUGGGUCAACGUCUGUCUCAUCUCCUUCCAGGGCACGCUCUCCCCAGUGUGCUCGACCAUACUCGCGGUCGGUGCCCACCAGGUCGAUUCGGAUUUCGACGUCACGUCCUUGGCGCUUUCCGCGGUGCCAGUAGCGGUGUUUGUUCUCGGACUUGGCCUGGGCCCGCUGUACCUCGCGCCACUGAGUGAGAUGUACGGGAGGAGAAACGUGUACAUCAUCUCGUUUGGCUUGUUCUCGCUCUUCAAUGUCGGGUGUGCGCUGGUCAAAACGGAGAGUGGGUUGAUUGUUCUGCGGCUCCUGGCAGGAUUGGCGGGCAGUGCAGGACCAUCUUUGGGCGGAGGAUCUAUUGGAGACAUGUUCAAGCGUGAAGAAAGAGGCGGUGCCCAAGCUAUCUACGGGUUCGGACCCACCUUUGGGCCUGCGAUAGGCGGCGUCAUCGGGGGCUAUAUUGCUCAGAACGCUGGCUGGAGGUGGAUGAUGUGGACUAUUGCCAUCUCUUCUGGAUUCACGACCUUGAUAUCUAUUUUCUUCCUUCGCGAAACGUAUGGCCCUUAUAUUGCCGCUCGAGCUCAGGGCAAGAGAUCUGCGGCUGCCACCGUCGGAUUCGCGAAAGGCAUCACCAGGCCAGUGCGAAUGUUCUUCACGGCACCCAUCGUCACAGCAAUGAGCCUCUACAUGGCACUCAUCUACGGCAUCCUCUAUCUGCAUUUCGUCACGAUUCCCCUCCUCUUCGGCCCCACUCCCCACUUUGGGCUCUUCACCUACGCUUGGCAACACGGGAAUGAGGGGCUGGCAUAUCUUGGAGCUGGUGUGGGAUGCUUACUGUCGACGCUGUUCUGUUUGUUCACGCUCAACCGCUCGUACCGUGCGUUGUCUCGAAAGUACGGAGAACACAAACCAGAGUUCCGCAUGUUGUUUAUGCAGAUCGGCAUGGUCUUUGUGCCCAUCGGGUUGUUCAUUUUCGGUUGGACUGCCCAGAAUCAGACUCACUGGGCCCUUCCAAUGCUUGGCGCCGCCAUCUUCGCUUUCGGCAUGCUUAUAGCAUAUAUCUGCGUGCAAACGUAUCUCGUCGACUCGUUCCCUGAAUAUGCCGCUUCCGCUUUGGCAGCCGCGAUUAUUUUACGCAGUGUUUUCGGCGCCAUUUUCAGCAUAGUCGGUGCGGAAUUGUACGAGAACCUGGGCUACGGCUGGGGGACCAGCCUUUUGGCCUUCGUCUCAGUUGCGACAUUGCCGAUACCGGCACUGUUUUGGAGAUUCGGACCAGGACUCAGGGCAAAGGGUUUUGUUGGUUGAACGCUUGAAUCAGUGAUCGGACGUCUCACCAGAUUAGAAUACUGCAUGAGUUUGAAUCGUCCACAAUAUGACAGAUCCAGGAUCGGGAGAUUCACGAUGCCAAACAAGGACUGACAUCAUAUCUGUACCCAAGACCAUCCACAUCACCCGUGGACAUCAAUAUGCUGUCCACCGCCGAACGGGGGAUUGAAAAGGAGGGGAGGGAGAACAGACGUAAUUCUGCAUUGGAUCUCCUCGCGCAAUGACCGAAGCCAUACCCACUGACGCAUCGCGACCUCCCUACGAUAGUCUGAUUCAGGACAUCGCACACUACGUCUACGAGUUUGAAGUCACCUCCCCCACGACCCUGCGCGCCGCCCGAAUCGCGCUCCUCGACUCCAUCGCAUGUGCGAUCGAGAGCGUCCCUGCGUGCGCGUCGUUCAUCGGCCCCAUUGUGCCUGGCACCGUCGUGCCCAACGGCUUCCCGGUCCCCGGCACAGCGCAUGUCGUGGACCCCCUCAAAGGCGCGUUUGACCUGGGCUCGCUCAUCCGGUAUCUCGACCACAGCGACGCGUUCCCGGGCGCGGAGUGGGGACACCCGUCGGACAACAUCGGGGCGAUACUGCCGGUCGCGGACUGGCUGAGCCGGCGCGGAGAUGAUUCUCGUGUCACUAUGCAAACUGUGCUGGAACUGGCGACCAAGGCGUAUGAGAUCCAGGGCUGUCUGCAGGUCAAAAACGCGUUCAACCAAGUCGGCCUGGACCACGUCAUUCUCGUCAAGAUCGCGACGAGCGCCGUCCUGUCGAAACUGGUCGGGCUCUCGCGGGAGCAGGCGCAGGAUGCGAUCAGCCAGGCUAUCGCCGACGGGCAUCCGCUGCGCCUCUAUCGCCAAGCGCCGAACACCAGCCCCAGGAAGGGAUGGGCCGCUGGCGACGCGUGCAUGCGUGCUGUACAUCUCGUGCUGAUGACCAAGUCCGGACAGCCGGGGUUCCCGACUGCGCUGAGUGCCCCGAAGUGGGGCUUCAACGACAUCUUCUGGGGAGGCCAGGCCCUGCAGUUGCCCAUCCCGUUCUCGACGCUGGUGAUGGAGAACCAUCUCACCAAACUCGUCGCCGCCGAGGGCCACGGAAUCAGCGCCGUCGAGGCUGCACUCAAGCUGUCCCGGAUGGAAGAGAUCAAAGGGAAGCUGCAGACGAUCAAGAGCAUCCGCAUUCGAACGCAGGCCGCAGCGAUGCGGAUCAUCGACAAGACGGGGGCUCUGCACAACGCAGCUGACCGAGAUCACUGCAUGCAGUACAUGGUGGCGAUGACCCUUGUCAAAGGCGACUGGCCAGUGCCAGAGGACUACGAAAACGACUCGGUGUAUGCGACCGAUCCUGUGGUGGAGAGUCUCCGGGGAGUCAUCUCGAUGGAGGAAGACCCCCAGAUGACCAAAGACUACCACGACCCGCGUGUCCGCAACUGUGCGAAUGGGCUGAGCGUCACGCUCGAGUCGGGGCAGAUUCUGCCCGAAGUCCUGGUCGAAAAGCCGAUGGGGCAUCCGUGGAGAGCAGAUACAUAUGAGGGAAUCAGGGCCAAGUUUCUCAAACUGACUGCGCAGACACUGGCUGAUCCCGGGAAAGUCUGGGACGCGUUCGUGGAUGCAGACGCGAGCUCGAUCAAAGUGUCGGACUGGGUGGACCAAUUUGCGAAAAAGGAGUGCUGA